GUGUUUCGCCAACACUGGGGUUAAGAGAGAGAGAGAGAGAGAGAAAAAACCCAAUGUUUUCUUGCUCCCUGCAUGCAGUCAUUGAGAUCUUGGAUGCUGAGUGUUGCUGCUCCGGCAACAUCCGAUGAGAAAUAUAAGCCCUACGUGCUCGCACACGCUCUUGAUAUUUUUGCCCCUCUUCUCUGUUCUCCCUCUUCUUCUUCUUCUUCUUCUUUUUUUUUAAAUGCAGCUUCCUAAAACGUGUUGAUAUAAUUCCAACAUUUUGCUUAUUUUCUGCCUUUUGCCCCUCACUCACCUGUCUCAUCAUGGCUUAUUUUGGUGCGAUUUUAUCUGAUUUUGAAGUGUUUCUCUGCUGUUGGAGGCUGUACCUGUGCCAGGUCGCAAAAAUGACACUUUUGAUUUUCACGUUUAAGGAUUUUGCUUUUCUAAUAGCAGGCAGAGCUCCAGGACUAGGAUGACUGGGAAGACCCAGACCAGCAACGUGACCAACAAGAAUGACCCACGCUCCCUCAACUCCCGCGUCUUCAUCGGCAACCUCAACACGGCCGUCGUCACCAAGGCCGACAUCGAGGCCAUCUUCGCUAAAUACGGGAAGAUAGURGGGUGCUCCGUUCACAAAGGUUACGCCUUCGUUCAGUACGCCAGCGAGAGGAACGCCCGGGCGGCUGUGGCCGGGGAGAACAGCAGAGUCAUCGCUGGACAGUCUCUAGAUAUCAACAUGGCAGGAGAACCAAAACCAUACAGACCGAAGAUGCUCUCCAAGAGACCUCUCUCAUCCAUUUACAGUGGCUAUGAGUUUGACUACGACUACUACAGAGAUGAUUUCUACAGCAGACUCUUCGAGUACCACGGCCGCGUUGUGCCCCCGACCCGAGCCGUCAUCCCCAUUAAACGAUCUCGGAUAGUUGUUCCGUCCAAUCGCAGAGCCAAAUCCUCCUUUCCGGUCAGAGCCUGUUCUUCUUCCUCUUCCUCCUCCUCCUCAUCCUCCCGAGCAAUCAACAUUGGCUCGUCCAUCACUGGCCCUAAACAAUGUACUCGCCAAAGUAAAAGCUGUGACCAGGGAACAAAGGCUUUGCAAAUGAAAAAAAUGAAGACAGACCAGCUCCUAACCAUCAAGAAGGAGCUGUCGCAGAUCAAGACAAAGAUCGACUCACUGCUGGGAAGGCUGGAAAAGAUUGAGAGGCAACAUCGCUCCGAGACCGAGAUGCAGAGGAAACAGGAGGAGGUGUGUGAUCGUCUCCAUGGUGACGCCGAAGACCACUCCGGAGGAGAGGAGGUGGAGGGAACAGCCGAGGUAGAGGCAGGAGAGAUGACGGACGGAGGCGAGGAUGACUUUGAAGAUGAAGGAACCAGCGAUAUGAUAGAGAACCACAUAUCGGACAUCGACAACUGAGUACGCAAAGACGUUGUGACACUGGAUACCAGCAAAAUCCUCUUGAUCAGGGAGGUGUGUUUAAAGUGAAAGGAGACAACGCAGGAAGUGACUGACRGCAGAGGAAGAUGUUUUCAGACGUGUUGCAGCUUGUUUGCCUCAUCCAAACAUCRCCUCCUGAUGUGUGCUUUAUCAAAAUGCGGGAUAUAAAUAUUCUCCAGACUACUGCAAGAUGCAAAGAGCAUUGAAUAUUCUCAAGUCAGAACGGUUGCUUUUCUAAAAAAAAAAAACAUGCAGGCAAACGCAGUAUAUUGUGUGCUUAUCAUCUAUUGUUCUGUAUUGUGCAUAUAAAAUACAGUUAUGUGAACCGAAGAACAUGAAAUGUUCUCUUUUUGUUGUAUUUUGCUGUAUGUUCAUGUUUCUGUGAGUCAGCCACACUGCAGGGAGAGAGAUGAAUAUGAAUGUAAGUUAAUCUCGUAUWCUUUGGCACCUGAUGACAAUGUGAUUUGUUUUAAUUGUACAUUUGGGUGAAAUCUAGACAUGAUUUCUGCUGUUUCACGCUGUAUUGGAUGCAUACCAUGUUUCUCAUUUGUUGUUCACAAUAAGGAGCUUUUUWACAUUUAUUUAUAUUCUUUUCAUAGUGAUCCGAAGAAUUGUUUUCAGCAUGUUCAAGGUGUGACUAUUACGGAUAAUUUGUACUCAUUGCAUCUGUUGUACAGUCAUGGAUGAUAAGAAUUUUUGAAAUAAAUCUGCCUCCCAUYCUUGAAAA